AUUAUAAUAAGAUCAGUUUAAAAACAUCAAAUUGUGGUAUCUUAAAACUAAUCUUAUUCUUGCCUACUUGUUAGCUGGUCCAAAUUAAAACCAUAAAAGCAACAUCAGUGGGCCAAACAACUUUUUCCAGAAUACAGACAGCAUUUACAUUUAGAGCAUUUUAUUUCUGUUCUUCAAAAAAGUUCUUCCAAAAAAAAAAACAUACAGUCUAAAAAGAUUACUGUGAAAUCUACAGUAUCUUGCUAACAUCACUUCCCCCUGUUCACACUACACAAUAAUAAUUAGGAGAAUUGACCUCUAUGCUCAUCUAAAGAACCAUAAGGACCAAGAGGGAGGACAGUCAUACUCGUCUACGAGUGACCACCAAUGAUGAUGGCGUGUGUGUAAGAUGGGGGAAUGGUUCCAGCUGACAUGAAUUCAUUGAUUUACUAGAACCUCUUUUGGCUUAAUUUUAAAUGUAAUCCUAUUGUAUACCUUUUGUUAAUGCAGAUAUAUAUCUUUGAAAACAACAUUUAUUACCAAACUGAUGUUCAGAGCAGCUCAUGGAGGUUCACAUCCUCUGGACACGAGGGGACUGUGUUCAAUGGCAUCGCAGACUGGCUGUAUGAGGAGGAAGUGUUGCACAGUCAGGUGACCCACUGGUGGUCCCCUGAUGGAUCCAGACUGGCUUACCUCACCAUCAAUGACUCCCUGGUCCCUAACAUGCUCCUGCCCCAUUUCACAGGAUCUCUCUACCCCAGAGGAAAGGAGUACCCUUACCCAAAGAUGGAUCAAAACAACCCCAUUGUCAAACUCCAUGUUGUCGCUCUAGACGGCAGUUCACUAACAACUGAAAUGAGACCUCCUGACAGUUUUGAAAAGAGUGAUUACUACAUCACCAUGGUGAAAUGGGCAACACGGGAUAAGCUGAGUGUGCGUUGGGUGAAUCGAGCUCAAAAUCUGUCCAUUCUUUCACUGUGUAUUGUGACCACAGGUGACUGCACAAAGAAACAUGUGAUGACGUCAGACAAGUGGCUUGAUCGUCAGAAUGAAGAGCCAGUGUUUUCUGGAGACUGCACGACAUUCUUCAUCACUAUACCUUUAAAACAUGGUGACAGUGGGACAUUCAACCAUAUCACCAUGAUCUCCAAUGAGUUUGAGGGUCAAGAGGUCAGUCUCCGCCACCUCACCUCAGGAAGCUGGGAAGUUUCUGAAAUCUUGGCCUAUGAUAAAACAACUAAAACAAUUUAUUUCCUGAGCACAGAGGAAGGCCCAACACAGCGCCAAAUGUACAGGGUCUCCACAGUCGAGCCCUUUCUUAAAGAAUGCCUCACCUGCUCCCUCUUCAAAUCAAAGUGUACCUACUACGAGGCACACUUCAGUCCCGACAACCACCACGUUAUCCUCAACUGCAGAGGUCCUGGAAUCCCACAAUCAUCUCUGCACAAGCUCAGUGAUAUGAACAAACACAUGCCUUUUGAAAUAAACACAGUAUUAAAAAAUGCACUGGUGAACAGGACGAUGCCCAAGUGGGAAAGAAGAACCAUACAGAUCAACAACUUUGCUUUUAAUCUGGAGUUAAUUGUCCCAGUAGAUUUGGAUGAAACAAACCACUACCCGCUUUUAUUGAUCCUUGACCGUACCCCUGGUGGUCAGGGGGUGAGCGACUGCUUCUCUCUCAGCUGGGACACGGUGCUGGUCAGCUCUGACAAAGUCAUUGUGGCUCGUCUGGACGGUCGGGGCAGCGGCUUUCAGGGUCAGAGGAUCUUGCACGAGCUUCACGGGAGUCUGGGAACUGUUGAUGUCCAAGAUCAGAUCACAGUCGUAGAGCGUCUGAUCAGACUACCUUAUAUUGAUGAAAACAGAGUUGGGGUUUAUGGAAAGGCUUAUGGGGGCUUCGUGUCCUCCCUCCUGCUACUGUCCCACAGCUCUGUGUUCAAGUGUGGUAUUGCUGUGGCUCCUAUAACAAACUGGAGACUCUAUGGAUCAACUGCUGAGAAGUACUUUGGCUCUCCUGUGAAAGAGGAUCACAAAUACCAGAUUUCCUCUAUGCUCAGUAACAUCACCACACUGAGUCCACUGAAGUUCCUUAUUAUUCACGGUACAGCAGAUGCCACAGUCCAUUUUCAACAUUCCGCUGAGUUGGUCAAACUGAUGUCUGCAUCAAAUGUCAACUACUCUCUCCAGAUCUUCCCUGAUGAAGGACACAAAUUUGCUUCUACUAAGAGCCAAUACUACAUGUCAAGCUCAGUGCUCACCUUCUUCAGGAGCUGCUUUCAGGAGGAUGAGGACUUUGCCCUGCUGAUGUCCAAAGAAGAUGACUGACCUGGACAUGAACCAACAAUGAGAGGCUGAGGAGAUGCAACGAUGGAUUGUGUUUACAGAUUGGACCACAUGGCAGCCUCCCAAAAAUUGAAGGCAAAUUAUCUCCAUUGCCCCCUUGUGGCUGGCAGUAGUAUAGGUCAUACACGCUUCCUCCUUAAAGCUGUUGUCAGCAGCUUUGUGUUACACUUUUAAAGAACUAAUUUGAAGUUCAGUUUAUACACAAGGAAAUAUUGGUUUGAUUUUGUGUAUUUUAUUAAUACUCAAAGGGAAAUUCCUCUUUACUUGGAACCUUCCUAGAAUUGAUGGGCACUGAACCCCCUGAUCAGUGUCCAUGGAGUAAUGGGGGUUGGAUAUCUUGCUCAGAGGCUCCACAGCACCUGACCUGUUGGAAUUUGAAACGGCAACUCUCUCAGUUAUAAGCCAAGGUCCCUUUCCACUAAGUAGAUGCAUGAAGUUAUCAAGUAUGAAUGAAUGAAGUGGUUCACAUUCAUUUGUAUUUGAACAUUUGAAUUUGCAAAGAAAUUAACAAUGAAUGUGAAAUGUAUACUGUGACCCCAUUCACCAAUCAAAAAUGGAAAAUGGCACAAAAUGGCGUCACAGGUGUGAGAUGGCAGCACCUGUAUGUGAGGUAUUUUGACCAGUUUCAUCCAUUGUUAUACUGUAUACCAUCUAUGGCUGCGAUCUGUCAAAGCAUGAGACAUUGGUUGCAUUGUGAGUCCAAGGGAACUUGUAUUGUUAAUUCUUCAAAUUAUUAUUAUUGUAUGUAGUAUUUGUAUCAUGCACUGAGUACAAAUGUCAGGGUAUCAAAGAAAAAUUUAUUUUUCCAGUUUAGAGUAUAGUUUUCGCGGACAGCUGUAAUCUACUGUGACUAUUUCUAUGUAUUUUGAAUGGCAAACCAAAACAUAACAUAACAAAUUAUGUCACAUAAUAACAAGAACCAAUUUCUGCAGGUGCCUUUACCUCAUUACAGUCAAUAUUUUGUCACCUUAGAGCCAACAGUGUUCACGUAUCAGAUCAUCUGACGAUUGUCAGUUUGACUGGCUCAUCUCGCCUGGUCAACAAUUACAAUAUGAUAGUUUUCAUCACAUCCAGCUUAUCAUUCAUGUAAAACUGGAUUUAUAGCUCACAUGCCUGUGUGUAAUUAUUUCUAUUCAGUUCAUUUGCUGUAACAACCCUUAAUCUAAUUGGAUUAUGGAGUUUUCUUCCUCUAUUUUUAUUACUAUUAGUCAGUGAAAAAUUUGACUUGGCGGAAAUAAACAUAUUUGCACCAACAUUGAGAGACAUCAGUGUCAACUUCGAAUUCAAGCUUUAUGAGAUCAUGAAGAUUGACAUAUCACAAAUAUGAUAUCAACUGUUACAUUCAUCACUUCCCUUUAUGUGGUUUUAUUGGUUUAUGAAUUACGCAUUUAUUGUACAGUUGUGCAAAGCACUUGGUUUUGUUGUUCUUUUUCUUGUGUCUACGUUUUAUGUCCAGUUUAGUCAUAUGCCUGUGACAGUCUUACUUUACACUUGCAUGCGAUCUCUUGCAAAAGCAUUUCUUCUCUUGAUUGAUUCUGUCCAGAUAGAUUCUACACACGAUAUCAUGUAGUAUUUAAUAUCGCACGAUGUGAAAGGGUUUUCAAACAGGGAAGGAAAUAAGGUUUGGCUAACUUGAUAUAGUGGUUGGUUGUGUUGUACAGUGGUCCAUAACCAUGACUCCUGUGACACUAUAUGUCAUCAUAUCUUCCUAUGAUCACAAAUCUUUCUCAGACCAUGAUCCUGUGCUGCUCACUUUGCUUGAUUCUGUCAAACUGCAUGACGUUUACACCCCAGGGGAAAUUUAUAAGCUAAAAUAUAUGACUAAAGAGAAAAAUAGUAUUAUCUGUGUGUUGCAUUGUUUGCUCAUGUGCUCAACAAAGCAAUAAAAGUGAGAAUUCAUUGGGAUUCACAUCUGAUACAAA